AUGCCAUGCGUUUCACGGGCCGUGCAAACAGAACGCCACGCUCAUAAUCGGAGGAGCUUGGCGUACGGCUUUGGCUUCAAAUGGGCCUCAAACGUCGAUCGAGGCUCGGGCGAGGAUGGCCACGGGUCGGGAUCGGAAUCAGUGGGAAAUGCUCCGGAUUGCACAGGUUUCAGCUUCGACCUGUCUAGCGACUAG